UAUAGGCUGACCCAUACCAAGUUACCUAUACAAUGAUUCCAGUAUAGGCUGACCCAUACCAAGUUACCUAUACAAUGAUUUCAGUAUAGGCUGACCCAUACCAAGUUACCUAUACAAUGAUUCCAGUAUAGGCUGACCCAUACCAAGUUACCUAUACAAUGACUCCAGUAUAGGCUGACCCAUACCAAGUUACCUAUACAAUGAUUCCAGUAUAGGCUGACCCAUACCAAGUUACCUAUACAAUGAUUUCAGUAUAGGCUGACCCAUACCAAGUUACCUAUACAAUGAUUCCACUAUAGGCUGACCCAUACCAAGUUACCUAUACAAUGAUUCCAGUAUAGGCUGACCCAUACCAAGUUACCUAUACAAUGAUUCCAGUAUAGGCUGACCCAUACCAAGUUACCUAUACAAUGACUCCAGUAUAGGCUGACCCAUACCAAGUUACCUAUACAAUGACUCCAGUAUAGGCUGACCCAUACCAAGUUACCUAUACAAUGAUUUCAGUAUAGGCUGACCCAUACCAAAUCACCUAUACAAUUCAACUGUAGGAUACUUCACCCCUGAAUUAUUACACUGCAACAACCAAUAUGGUGGUAUCUUUGACCAAUUAGGCCUAAUUGUCAAAGAAGUAAUAACAAGUGAAACUGUAGACAGCUUUGUAGUUCAAUGUGCAGAAUAUUUAGUUUAGUUUGGACCAUCUUUAUGCUGAAGGCGGGAGUUAUUAUAUCCUUCUUUUCAUAAUGGUGAUAUGAAAAACCAAAUGAUGCGAUGAAAAGCUCUCAAAUGUAGUGAUUCAACUGUUUUCUUACCAGAGACAUAACAACUGUACUCAUAAAUAUUUCAAUUAGGUCUGCUGUAAAAGGUUACAUUUCUUUCUCCUUAUACAAGCAUGCCACACAUGACUGGGUGACCUGAAACCAAUGAUGACUCAGUAUCAUUUGUGGGAGUACUGUACAUGCCACAGAGUAGUGUCACUCUUGUGCAAAGCUCUGCAGUGCAAACAUUACACCCUUCUAUGGCUUCUCUGCUACAGGGGAUACAUGGUUUAGGUUAGUGGUAGGGGUACGUCUUACCUUACCAUCACUCCACAGUGUGUGUUCCUAAAUUCAAUCUGGAGUGCUAAGAGUGCGUUCGUAAAUUCAUCAGUUAUUCUGCGCUCUGGCACACUCAGACGAGAGUGCUCUGAAAUUGGAGUAGAUAGCCAGAGUGAAUUUACGAACGCACCCACAGAUUCACACACAAAAUAGGCCUAGCUACACUUUUCCAAAUCCUAUAUGGCUCCACCCUGAAGGAUCUGGUGAUGAUGGGAUGGGUGUUUGUGUGAUAACGGUGCUUCUGGUUCCUGCUUGCUAUUCUUAAUUUAAUCCGACGCAUGUCUCUUCCAGCAUGGCUCUCUGUGCUCUAAUACUGGCUGUAUUGAUGCUGUCUCAGGAGGUUUCAAUGAAACAACUUCCCUGGUGGAGAAAAAAAAGAAUUUGUGCAAUAAAACCAAUCAACAUUUGAAUAAAAAAAAAAAACAUUGAAAAACUGUUUAGAAUGAAAAUUAAUUUGGCUUUGUGAAGUAAUGAAUAAAGUGCUGUUGCGUAAUAUAAGUUACCAUCAACUGUGUCCAUAAGAGAUUAUUAGAGGCAGUAAGCAAGAGCCACAUCUGGCCUGUACAAUGCAAUGAAACCAGUUCAUGCAGCUCACAAACUUCUCAGUAACCCUGUUACUAAUACUGAAGGUUUUCCUUGUCAAUUGACCCCAUAUUUUUUGUCUUCCAGUGUGUAUUAACCUCUUUUGGAAAGUGAAUCGCAUGCUCUGAAAGAUGGACAUUUAGACCAUGUCAGUGCGGGGCAGUGGCACUGGCAGUUUGCGGGGUUCAGUGCGAGGCAGUGGUGGUGGAGGCUCGUUCAGCAUGCACUCCCUGCUCCAGUCGUACGGCUCCGCCCUGCGCCGACCACGCAGCCUGGGCCGCAGCCUCAGCUCCUAUCUCAACCACACCACACGCCUGGAGAUAGUCCAUGAAGAUGUGAAGAUCGGCUCUGAUGGGGAGAGUGACCAGGUCUCGGCCACCUCUUCUGAUGAAGUACACAGUCCUGUCAGGGUCCGCCUCAGGAACAACUCUGUACGCAAGAUAUCCACCGAGGAUAUAAACAAGCGGUUGUCCUUGCCUGCGGACAUCCGUCUCCCAGAUGGCUACCUGGAGAAGUUCUGUCUGAACAGUCCUCUUUUUGACAAGCCUCUGAGCCGGAGGCUAAGGAGAGUCUCCCUGUCAGAGAUUGGCUUUGGGAAGCUGGAGACCUAUGUGAAGCUGGAUAAGCUAGGAGAGGGAACCUAUGCCACGGUAUACAAAGGGCGCAGCAAGCUGACUGACAACCUGGUGGCUCUGAAAGAGAUCCGAUUGGAGCAUGAGGAGGGGGCUCCCUGCACUGCCAUCAGAGAGGUGUCUCUGUUGAAGGAUCUGAAACACGCCAACAUAGUGACCCUCCAUGACAUCAUUCACACGCAGAAAUCUCUCACGCUGGUCUUUGAGUACCUGGAUAAAGACCUUAAGCAGUAUCUGGAGGAUUGUGGCAACUCUAUCCACAUGCACAAUGUGAAGCUCUUCCUGUUCCAGCUGCUGCGUGGCCUCAACUACUGCCACCGCCGCAAAGUCCUCCACAGAGACCUCAAACCCCAGAACCUGCUCAUCAACGACCGCGGAGAGCUCAAACUGGCUGACUUUGGCCUGGCCCGGGCUAAGUCCAUUCCCACCAAGACAUACUCCAACGAGGUGGUGACGCUAUGGUACCGUCCCCCAGACAUCCUCCUAGGAAGCACUGACUACUCAACGCAGAUAGAUAUGUGGGGAGUGGGUUGUAUCUUCUAUGAGAUGUCUACAGGCCGCCCCCUGUUUCCUGGCUCCACAGUGGAGGAAGAGCUGCACUUCAUCUUUAAACUGCUAGGUACACCCAAUGAGACAUCCUGGCCUGGAAUCACCUCCAAUGAGGAAUUCAUCUCGUACAACUACCCCCGGUACAGAGCCGACUGUCUACGGAAUCACACACCAAGACUGGACAAUGAAGGAGUGGAACUGCUGUCCAAACUGCUGCAGUUUGAGGGAAAGAAGCGCAUCUCAGCAGAGGAGGCCAUGAGGCAUCCAUACUUCCACAGUCUGGGUGAUCGAGUGCUCACACUGCCUGACACUACAUCAAUAUUUUCACUUCAAGACAUUCAGCUGGAGAAGGAGCCUGGAGGUAGAAGCAGCUCCUUGUCUGACUCAGAGCUCGUACAGGGAUGCCUAAGGUUCCGGCACACCUUAGUGAACAGCAUAUCUCGACGACAGAGCCUGCUUUUCUGAGUGGAGCGAGAGAGACGGACAAACGAGGGGACGAGAAGCUGAGACAUUUCCGUGUGCGAUGAAGGGAUACAUAUUCAUCUUCUUUAUACCUUUUGAAUUGUCAUUGUCGGUCCAUUUAGUGUUGAGAGAGGUUCACUAGCUGUUUACAUGUAAGACGAGGCUGAGGAGGAUACCUGUUUUUCUUCUUAGUUUGCUCUCAAUAUGCACUCUCUCCUCUAUAGAAACGUUUACUGUCACAGACACACUUUUACCAUCACGUAUACUGUAAAUGCUGACAGGCAAAGAAAGCCUUACCAUUUUUCCCUUGUAUAGCUAACUACUGUGAUCUUUAGUUUACAGGCUGACAUAAUUGCAGUCCUGUAUAAUUAAAUUUAGACAUGUCAGGACAUUCUUUGAAUGCAAUAAUCAUCACCCGUACAUUUUAAUGGAUUUGGACCAAAGUUUUCAACUCACUUAAAUUAUGCACAAUGAUAUGGUAAUACCCCUAGCUAGAACCUUUUUAUUUUUGAUUGUAUAAUACCACAAUGAAGGAAUAAUUCGAAAAAUUACAAGGCUUGAAUAAGUGAAAGUUAAUUCGAGUUGUCUUCUAACUGAGGGAGGAAUAAUACGGUGAGGCUGUAGUGUCUCACCUUGGUCUUCCACACUCCCAUUUCCACCACAGCAAGGUAUUACAGUCUAUCCCUCCCAUUUCCACCACAGCAAGGUAUUACAGUCUAUCCCUCCCAUUUCCACCACAGCAAGGUAUUACAGUCUAUCCCUCCCAUUUCCACCACAGCAAGGUAUUACAGUCUAUCCCUCCCAUUUCCACCACAGCAAGGUAUUACAGUCUAUCCCUCCCAUUUCCACCACAGCAAGGUAUUACAGUCUAUUCCUCCCAUUUCCACCACAGCAAGGUAUUACAGUCUAUCCCUCCCAUUUCCACCACAGCAAGGUAUUACAGUCUAUCCCUCCCAUUUCCACCACAGCAAGGUAUUACAGUCUAUCCCUCCCAUUUCCACCACAGCAAGGUAUUACAGUCUAUCCCUCCCAUUUCCACCACAGCAAGGUAUUACAGUCUAUUCCUCCCAUUUCCACCACAGCAAGGUAUUACAGUCUAUCCCUCCCAUUUCCACCACAGCAAGGUAUUACAGUCUAUUCCUCCCAUUUCCACCACAGCAAGGUAUUACAGUCUAUCCCUCCCAUUUCCACCACAGCAAGGUAUUACAGUCUAUCCCUCCCAUUUCCACCACAGCAAGGUAUUACAGUCUAUCCCUCCCAUUUCCACCACAGCAAGGUAUUACAGUCUAUCUCUCCCAUUUCCACCACAGCAAGGUAUUACAGUCUAUCCCUCCCAUUUCCACCACAGCAAGGUAUUACAGUCUAUUCCUCCCAUUUCCACCACAGCAAGGUAUUACAGUCUAUCCCUCCCAUUUCCACCACAGCAAGGUAUUACAGUCUAUCCCUCCCAUUUCCACCACAGCAAGGUAUUACAGUCUAUCCCUCCCAUUUCCACCACAGCAAGGUAUUACAGUCUAUUCCUCCCAUUUUCACCACAGCAAGGUAUUACAGUCUAUCCCUCCCAUUUCCACAACAGCAAGGUAUUACAGUCUAUUCCUCCCAUUUCCACCACAGCAAGGUAUUACAGUCUAUUCCUCCCAUUUCCACCACAGCAAGGUAUUACAGUCUAUCCCUCCCAUUUCCACCACAGCAAGGUAUUACAGUCUAUUCCUCCCAGCUCCACCACAGCAAGGUAUUACAGUCUAUCCCUCCCAUUUCCACCACAGCAAGGUAUUACAGUCUAUUCCUCCCAUUUCCACCACAGCAAGGUAUUACAGUCUAUUCCUCCCAUUUCCACCACAGCAAGGUAUUACAGUCUAUUCCUCCCAGCUCCACCACAGCAAGGUAUUACAGUCUAUCCCUCCCAUUUCCACCACAGCAAGGUAUUACAGUCUAUUGCUCCCAUUUCCACCACAGCAAGGUAUUACAGUCUAUUCCUCCCAUUUCCACCACAGCAAGGUAUUACAGUCUAUUCCUCCCAUCUCCACCACAGCAAGGUAUUACAGUCUAUUCCUCCCAUUUCCACCACAGCAAGGUAUUACAGUCUAUCACUCCCAUCUCCAUAAUCAUUGAAGGGGGAUAUUAGUUUAGUACCAGGUACAUUAGUCCAAACAGUGUCUUGGUGGCAUUUGGGGGAAAUCCUCAUGUUGUAUUUAUUUAUUUAUUUUCAUAAUGCUGUGCUUGGCUGAUAUGGUACAAUGGUUUGAAAGAAAAAUGCAGCACUUCUGUUCUAUUUUCACACAACAUUUUACAGUUCUCUGAGGAAUCCAUAGCACUUACAGGAAUUCUCCUCAUUCUUGCAGGAAUUCUGGAAUUUGGGGAACCGUUGUACCAAAAACCUGGAGAUGGAGAUCUCUUUAUUGAUUAUAUAGACAUGCAUCCAAUACAAAUUGAGCUUCCUCAGUGAAACAUCACAACCCUGAUAGGUUUAAUGACUCUUUUAGGGCACAGGGUACAGUAUUGUUGGGUGUAAUGUAAUUGUGUUUACACAUCUACCUGUUUGGAGUGAAAGAGACAGUCUGCAAAUUGCCCCACUGUGUACAGAGUGAUGUGUGGUCAUCAUUCUGAGGAGAGUGAGAGCGUGCACCAGACACAGUGUCACUACUUUUACACCGCCUGCUGAUGUAGUUAGCCCACCUAUUAACCAUGGCUGUUGUUCUAAAGCAGUGGUUCCCAACCUUUUAUCAUUUACCUUACCACCAACUGAAAUUUUUCUCUGCCGAAGUACCCCAUGUACAUUUUACCAGUAGGCCUAUGGUCUCAUGAGUCUUCUCAAGUACCCCCUGUGGAUAGGCCAAGAACCCCUGUGGAUAGGCCAAGAACCCCUGGUUGGGAACCAUUGUUCUAAAGCACUUCAGUAUGUGGAAUCUGUGAAAACCAAAGUGAACAUGCAUAAAACUGUCAUCUGAAAUUUCUGGCUCGUCAUUUUGAAUGGGGAUAGAUGAUGUGUUUCAAUCCUCAAAUAACCAAAGUAUACAUUUUUGGAUUGAGGCGGUAACUUGGAGAGAAAUGCAGUUGGUUAUGAAUUCUCACCAUCUCAACCUUUGGGUUAGUUUGGUGGGUUGGGGUGUGAUCCUAGCAGCGAGAUGUUGUGAACUUAGUAAGUGUGAAUGAGUGAGCGUGUGCUGUCUGGGUGUGUGUGUAUGAGAGAGCCAGAGAGCGAGUCAGACGGUCAGAGCAGAGGAUAUGUGUCGUGAAGCACGGCAAUGUUAUAUUGUGGAAAAAGAAUAUGGUAUGUUGUAAAUAACCGUAGAUUAUUUUAACGGAACCGAGCAGAGGACUGUGCAAUGAGAUGAGGAUCCUCUUCUCAUUAUGUCAUUUUGAAGAUAAGAAUAUAGUUUUCUUACGAUGAUCAUUGAUUAUAUUGUUAUUGUGUUCUUAUUCUUUUAAUGAGAAAAGGUUUCUUUGUUCAUAGAAUACAUAAUCGGUGUAGAUAUUUGGAUUUUAUGUUUAUAAUUUUUCUGUGAUGGUGAAAGGGGCUCUUCCAUAUACGUUGUCAUAAGAAGCAUGGAUAUGUUGCCAUGGAAGGGCUGACGGGUUGUGGUUGUGAAGUCGCCUCUUGUACCAUUUUAUAUUUCGCAAUAACUGUUGUACUACGCAAUAACUGUUGUACAGUACGUGAGCCCUGUCCAGAUUUCCCAGUGGAUUGACUACUUUAUAUCUAACACAAAAACAAUGAAGUCACAACUUUAAGUCGAACAAAAAAAUACUGGAGACUGUUCUAUUGCCCAUUGUCACUUUUACAUUUGGAUUCAAAUAGUGAGAUUUUGAUAUCACUGUUGACAAAGCGCUUAUUUUUUUUUUAAAUUGAGCCAAGAAACAAGAAACCUCUUGUAGUUUCCAGUAUUGAUAAAACUGACAUUUCUUUAUAAAGCAAAACAAGUUCAAUUCUAAGGUGUAUGUGCCGAGGUUAAGACGGUGUUCUUCAGUUGUCAAGCAGAGUUGGAUUACAGUUUGGACAAUGCAAUUUGGACAAUGCAAUGAGACUUGGUUUGGAAGCAGCUUUACCAUACAGCCCAGCAUAUCUAAUGGGCAUGUGAUGUGUUGAUGAGGUUGAAAAGGUAUGAACAUGUACUGUAAACUGGUGUGUGUGUGUAUAUAUGUAGGUACUGUACUGUAAAACAUACAAUUUGAAAAGGAAUUUAAACAAACACAAGCAAUACAUUUGGCAAAUGUCUGAUGCAGAAGCCUGCCAAACAAGUUGGUGCUCUGAUAGCGUUUAGGAAUGGCAUGUUAUGGGGAGGCUGCAGUACACAGCAUUGUGAUAAGAUGUUCUUCCUAUAGUUGGUUGGGGAAACUGGGCCAUAUCCAGUAGGUAUAACACUACAGGAAGUUGCAGAUAUAAAUGGAAUGUAGCCUAUGGAGCAACCAACACAUUAGACUGACAUUUUUCUCUGACACGUUCUUCAUGGCUGCACCUCUGAAUAUGUUUUAGAUCUGUGUGUAUAUUGUAUGGAUAUGUAAAUGCUCAAGAUGUUUUGUGAAGAGAAUGUUUUUGGUUGAUAGGCUCUGUCAACUGUGCGUAAAAACUGGAUUUGCAUAUUCAAAAGCUCUUUGGAUUGCGGCAAUAGUUAUUAUUUUUCCAUCUGAGCAGCGGUUUGGAAAGGACUACAGUGUAAAUUCUCAAGUGAAAUACCACACCAUCAUGAACCUGUGGUUAUUAUAUCGGUGACACUGAAAUACCACACCAUUAUGAACCUGUGGUUAUUAUAUCGGUGACACACUGAAAUACCACACCAUUAUGAACCUGUGGUUAUUAUAUCGGUGACACUGAAAUACCACACCAUCAUGAACCUGUGGUUAUUAUAUCGGUGACACACUGAAAUACCACACCAUUAUGAACCUGUGGUUAUUAUAUCGGUGACACUGAAAUACCACACCAUCAUGAACCUGUGGUUAUUAUAUCGGUGACACACUGAAAUACCACACCAUUAUGAACCUGUGGUUAUUAUAUCGGUGACACACUGAAAUACCACACCAUUAUGAACCUGUGGUUAUUAUAUCGGUGACACUCUGAAAUACCACACCAUUAUGAACCUGUGGUUAUUAUAUCGGUGACACACUGAAAUACCACAGAUAUAUGGCUGACUGUUGAGAGCACCCUUCUGGGUAGCGAUACACAAUCUUCCAGUACUUGUCAGAUGGACUAGAUACAGCGAAAAACAGAGCUUGGCACAUUUGCUUUAUGGAAGCAAAAUAAUUCACGCAAAUGCUUUACUUCUUCACAACUACAUACAUUUAGUCAGACAAUAUAAGAAAAUAUUUCCAGUCAUGACAGUCACUAGGCCAAUGUAAUGUUUUCUCCUGUAUUUAUCCACUCUUCUGAGUGUCUCAAUUGUUUAAUGUAACAGUACUACAAAUACUUAUCCACAAAUAAUGCCACUCGGAAUAGUAUUUUAUGAAUGUAAUUGUCCUCCUGAGGUUUGAUUUAGCCAAAGUUUCACUUCAAUUCAAUGGGCGUGUAUUAAUGUUCUUCAGCACAUCACGAUUCUAGCUCACCCCAGUGAAUUGGGAGGAUUAAGACCAUAAUACUAUAGACAGAUUAUUUUGAAUGACUCAUCAUUUUACACAACGUGAGGAACUUGGUUAUAUGAGCUGUUAGUAUAUUCCCCAUUAAAGAAGAAUUCAUUUUAAAGGCAAAACAUUUACAAACCACCAUUUUGAACAGAUGAUUACAGCAUUGGUUGUGUAAUUCUCCUUUUAUAAAAAAAUAUUUUGGUGAUAUAAUGCUUUGCUAUAUUGUCCGCAUCUGUACAUUUCAAAUUUUAUUACCUUUUGACUGGAUUUAUUAAGAUAUUUCAUAGUCUCUACCGGUUGAUAUACUGUUAAUCAACAAACAAAUGUGUACAACACAGCUAUAAAUGCACGCCUCAAUGUGUGUUGUAAAAGAGCUUUGCUUUUGGCUGCCAUCAGCUUUUGCCUCAGUCCAAUACCAAAGUUAUCUGCAGUAUUGCAUGAUAUGAUUCUUCCGAACUUUGCUCAGAAGCCGUCAAAUUGCUCUGUGUGUCUUUAAGUCAGCCAUUUCCUUCCAAGUAACUGCAAACUAUAAAUUGCUUUAUUGAGUCCACAUACAGUGCCGUGAAAGUCUUUGCCCCUUUCUGAUUUUCUCUAUUUUUGACAUUGAAUGUUAUCAGAUCUUCAACCAAAACUUAAUAUUAGAUAACAGGAACUUGAGUGAAGAAAUAACGCAACAAUUACAUAUAUUGUUUAUUUAAUAAACAAAGUUAUGCAACACCCAAUGCUCUGUGUAAAAAAGUAAUUGCCCUUUUACACUCAAUAACGGGUUGUGCCACCUUUAGCUACAAUGACUGCAACCAAACGCUUCAUGUAGUUGUUGAUCAGUCUCUCACAUCGCUGUGGAGGAAUGUUGGCCCCCUCUUCCGUUGAGAACUGCUGUAACUCAGCGACAUUUGUUGGUUUUCAAAUAUUAACUGCUCAUUUCAGGUCCUGCCACAACAUCUCAAUCAGGAUUAGGUCUGAACUUUGACAAGAACAUACUAAAACUUAAAAUGUGUUGCUUUUCAACUAUUCGGAUCUAAACUUGAUUUGUGUAUUUUGGAUCAUUGUCUUGCUGCAUAACCCAGCUGUGCUUCAGCUUCAAUUCACAGACGGCUGGCCUGACAUUCUCCUGAUACAGAGCAGAAUUUAUGAUUCCUUCAAUGAUGGCAAGACAUCCAGGUCCUGAGGCAGCAAAGAAUCCCCAAACCAUCACACUACCACCAUCAUGCUUCACCAUUGGUAUGAGGUUCUUACUGUGGAAUGCAGUGUUUGGUUUUCAGCAGACAUAACGGGACCCAUAUGUUGUCCUUAAAGUUCUACUUUUGAGUCAUCUGUCGAUAGAGCAUCUUGAUGAUCAUCCGGGUGCUUCCAGGUACUUAUUUGGCAAACUUGAGUCAACUUUUGGGAGGACAUGGGUCCCAUUAUGUCUGGCAAAAACCAAACACAGUACAGUAAGAACCUCAUACCAACGGUCAAGCGUAGUGGUGGUGGUGGUGGUGGUAGUGUGAUGGUUUGGGGAUGCUUUGCUACCUCAGGACCUGGACGACUUGUCAUCAUUAGAGGAACAAUGCUCUGUAUCAGAGAAUUCUAGAAUUCUACAGGAGAAUGUCAGGCCAUCCAUCCAUAAGCUGAAGCGCAGCUGGAUCAUGCAGCAAGACAAUGAUCCAUAACACACAAUCAAGUCUACAUGAAAAUGGCUAAAAAGCAACACAUUUUAUGUUUUGGAAUGGCCUAGUCAAAGUCCAGACCUAAUCCUGAUUGUGUUGUUGUGGCAGGAUUAGAUACGAGCAGUUCAUGCUUGAAAACCCACAAAUGUUGCUGAGUUAAAGCAGUUCUGCAUGGAAGAGUGGGCCAAAAUUGCUCCACAGCGAUGUGAGAGAAUGAUCAACAACUGCAUGAAGCAUUUUGUUGCAAUCAUUGCAGCUAAAGGUGGCACAACCAGUUGUUGAGUGUAAGGGGGCAAUUACUUUUUCACACAGAGGCAUUAAGUGUUUCAUAACUUUCUUUAUUAAAUAAGUAUCAGAUUGUUAUUUGUCUACACAGGUUUUGGUUGAAGGUCUAAUAACAUUCAAUAUCAAAAAUAUGCAACAAUUUGAAGAAAUCAGAAAAGGGGCAAAUACUUUUUCACUGCAUUGUACCUGUUAUGAUUUAAGUAUGGAAAAGUACCUUGAAUAUAUAAAUGUUGUAAGAUGUUAAUUCUAUGUAUUCAAAAAUAUAUAGCUCAAUAAAGUUGUACAUUUCUCAA